CUUAUCUUAUCUUAUCUUAUCUGGAGCCUCAAAGUGUUCGCGGACAAAUCGGAUGAACCGAGCACAAAAGAAGAGCCCCUCCUUCGCCAAUAAAGGAUAAAAGACCACUUCAACAUAUAAUAUAACAUAACAGAUGUCGUCAAAAACCAUAAUCGUCACUGGCGGCUCACGCGGCAUCGGCCUCGCAGUGGCCCACUACCUACUUCGUCUCCCGGCCUCCCACAAUUUAAUCCUCCUCGCCCGCUCACAGCAACCCCUCCAGCAACUACAGGAGCAAUACGGUGCUAACCGCGUGGUGAUCCUCACGGGCGAUGUCGCCGGGCCACAUUCAUCCUCCCCGCCAUCUCCGUCGCUACCUGAGCGGGCGGUUGAGGUGGCCAUAAAGACAUUUGGAAGACUGGACGGGCUGGUGCUUAAUCACGGAACGUUGGGGCCUGUGACGCGGCUGGUGGAUUGUGAGUUGAAGGAAUGGAGGGAGGGGGUUGAAGUUAAUUUUAUUAGUGUACUUGGGUUUCUAAAAGCCGCAAUCCCACACUUGCGCAAAACUCAUGGUAAAGUAAUCUUCACCUCAUCCGGUGCGGCGACAUCGGCAACGACGGGCUGGGGAUUAUACGGCUCCACCAAGGCAGCUCUGAAUCAUCUCAACAUGACCCUCGCGCUGGAAGAGCCCGACAUCACAUCCAUCUCCAUCCGACCAGGGAUGGUCGAUACGCAGAUGCAAGAGGAGCUUCGAGAGAAACACAUAGACGUCCUAGGGCCCGUACAAGGGCGGAGGUUCGUUGAUGCUCACAAGGAAGGCAAGUUGCUCAAACCGGAGCAACCGGGACAUGUUAUUGCGAGGCUUGCGCUUGAUGCUCCGGGAGGGUUGAGCGGAAAGUUCCUCACCUGGAACUGUCCGGAACUGGCAGCUUUUCAAGAGUGAUCGAAUCGAUUUUGGAUGCUAGUGCAGUGCAUUGGAUUGGCUAAUCUAUGCUGUUUUGACGGUGUGUGAUCGCGGAGUCAGGUUUGGAACCACGCAAAAGGUUCCUCUAGUAGGAUACCGGACGCAUUGUCGGUUUCGCCCGAGCCGCGCUCAGACUGUAUGUCCAUUUUCUUACAUUUCUUGCUAGAUCUAUCUUUCUGUAUAUAUACAAGAUCCGAGUCAUUCUGUACACGCUCGGUAACUUAAGCUCAGCAAAAAUAUGCUGGUAUACUUGCAUAAAUUUAUCAUUCAAAAUCAUUCAAGUCAUAUCUCAUAGUAAUGUCAUGCUUUCGUCGUUUUACGCUUCUUUGAUGUCUUGCGAGUUGUCUUCUCACUCUCAUUAUCACCGGGAGAUUCACGCUCAUUAGAAGCAUCGAGACCAUCAUCUGGAGAUCUUUUGCCAGGCCCCCGAUUUACUGAAGGGUUGGAACCAGAGGGAUCCCCAUCAUCCGAACGCGGCCCAAUGCCCUGCUGCUUUGUUUGAGCUUGGUGUUUUAAUCUGUUGAACGCCCUCUCCAUCCUGCUUCUCCCAUCCGGUCGUCGAUGUGGAGCAAACGCGCCCGCCCCUAAAGGCCCCUGGAAGAAGUUGGUGAUAUUCGAUUGAGUGCCCUCCUGUUCUCUACGAUUCAUAUCACGAAUCACUGGAACAAGCACCUCAUCCGUCCUCUCUUGACUCCAUCCGAUAGUAGACAUUAAAAACUGGCGUAGAGCAUUAAGGUCAGGCACGCCCCAUUGGAAUGCUGAGGGAUCAGAAUCUACCUCAGGUUCAAGAUAUGCGGAAUCGAUACGUUUGUCAGGAAACCCUGGAGGGAGGAAUAGCUUCGUAACAUUUUUCUUGAACUUUUUGCGAAAAGCAGAGUGGCUGUCCUCUGGGAGUUUAGCACCCAUUUGCACUUGAGACCACCAAUCCCUAAAGUCUUCCAAAGUCGGAAAUUCCGUGAGGAUUUCAAGAGCAGUAACGGGGCCUACGCCAGGUAUUCCUUCAGUAUAGUCACUCCCCAGCAAGUGAGCAAACUGAAUCAGCUUGCUGCGAUCCAGAUUAUAUUCCUUUUCGAGGUCGUUGCUAAGAUAGCAUUCCACAAACUUGACGGUGUUGAACAUGUUCUUGUAAACACGAGUACCGCCGAACAGGAAAAUAUCGCUAUCGUCAGUCACAACGCCGUCCACCAAGCCCAAUG